AAAAGGUUGGAUCUUCCCCACAAGCUUUACCCCCACUCCGUCUCUUGCCGAGACGAGGGCUUGGGAGUUUGGUCGACACCUCGUACACCAAGGCCAAACAAGCAUAGUGUUCUCUUCUUCUUGAUUGCUUGGCCUUCGUUUUUAUGGCCAAAGCGGCCACAAAAACGCCAUUGACGUAAUGGCGAAUGACAAGUAGAUCGAGCUCGUCAUGACCACCACCACCUUUGCGGCACGAGACAAGCAUGUCAUCCUUCGACCAUCAGAGCAUAUGCUAAGCUCUGCUAAGCAAACCGGCACGCAUGCGUUCCGAACGAAAAGUGCUGAUUCAUUGCUUGUCAGCGCCGAGGGGUGGAUUCCAGAGAAUCACCCGAAAUUGCUUAGUGUCAGAAUUCAGUGGGGGCUUCGAGGUACAGCAGCCAGGCAGAUCGCAGCAGACACACGUCGAUUUUUAUCGCAUGCUUGGCAGUCUCAUGACUACAGAAUAUCUGACUGGGUCGUGAAUAACUUUUUCCGCCGACUUUCGGGGGUACCUGGACGGGCCAACGGCCGUCCCGAUCAUGAGUCCCUUUCGGUUCCGAGUGGAACUACGGUCAUAGAGAACAUCAGACACCUUUCGAAGACCAAAUGGCCGGUAAGGUAUCGAAAGUCGAGAAUCUAAAUCCUAGUAGGUGUACCUCCGAAAACCGCGGGUUCAGAAGACUGAAUAAGGCGCGAAGAGCUGCGUGACUCGCGACGGCGUAGAAGGACGCGGAGGGAUAUUAAACCCAUAUUAUGGGAGGGGAGGGGAAAUGGAGCCUGGAGAUGGAGAGGGGAAGACCAAGUGGGGAGCAACCAGACUUUGGUGAGCGGUGGGACCGAAUCAGCAGCGAGGGCCUCCCACCAAAGCAAUUGUGUUA